AGUUUAUCCAGGCCUUCCAGGGUAUCAUAAAUAAGGAUCUACACAUUGAAGUGAAGAGAUAUGGCCUGCUUGAAGUGCAGUAAAGAUUCUCCGCUCAUCCAUGCUAAUGAUCUGAUCACCAGCACACCAAUCAAAACUAGUGUCACAGUAGAUGAUAGACUGUGUAAGAACAACAGUGCCUUGGCCAACUCGGAACCAUCUUCGCCAGAAUCCAUGAAUCUAGAUGCCGCCAUCGCCAUCAACAGCAUACAGGCCACACCCGAACCAGUCUCGCCCAUCACCGAGAGCAGACCAUUCUGGGUGGUGGUUGCCAUUGACUUUGGAACCACCUUCAGUGGGUAUGCCUACAGCCUGACCCGUGAACCGGAGAGUGUGCACAUCAUGAGGAAAUGGGAGGGCGGGGACCCAGGGGUGACCAACAUGAAGACUCCGACUACAUUGCUGUUGACUCCAGAGGGAGAGUUUCAUUCGUUUGGAUUCACUGCCAGGGACUUCUAUCAUGAUAUGGAUCAUAAGGAAGCUAUGAGGUGGAUGUACUUUGACAAGUUCAAGCUCACCUUGCAUGGAAACCCAAACCUGAACUUGAAGACGGAGAUCAAGGCUGCCAAUGGCAAGAGUUUCCCAGCUGCUACUGUCUUUGAGCACUCCUUGCGUUUCUUCCAUGACCAUGCUAUUGAUGAACUAUGUGAUCAGUCUAUGGACGGUGAGGUGGAUCCAAGGGAUAUCAGAUGGGUCUUGACAGUCCCUGCAAUCUGGAAACAACCCGCCAAGCAGUUCAUGAGACAAGCUGCUUACAAAGCUGGUCUAGCAUCACCAUCCCGACCUGAUCAGCUGCUGAUAGCAUUGGAACCAGAAGCAGCAUCCAUCUACAUCAGGAAACUACGUCUGAGAGAACUAGCACCAGAGCACCAAUCACAAAGACAGAAGUGGCUCAGGAGUAGCACAGGAAAAAUCACCAAGUCCAACUCGCAGGUCUCAGAGAGCAUCAGACAUGGUACUCGAUACAUGGUGGUAGACUGUGGAGGAGGCACUGUUGAUAUCACUGUCCAUGAGGUGGAGGAAGGACUUGGUACCCUCAAAGAACUUCACAAGGCUGCUGGAGGAAGGUAUGGCUCAGUCAGCAUCGACCAAGAGUUUGAACAACUCCUCACAGACAUCUUUGGUCAAGACUUCAUCGAGGAAUUCAAGGUGAAGAGACCAGCAGGAUGGGUGGACCUGAUGAUUGCUUUCGAGGCUCGCAAGCGAAACGCGAGCCCCUGGAAGAACAACCCCCUCAACGUGUCGCUUCCUUUCUCAUUCAUCGACUACUACAAGAAAUACACCAAUGGAAAACAGAUGGAAGAUGCCGUUAGGAAAUACAACUUCAAAGAUGUCACAUGGUCGGCGCAAGUUCCAGGUAUGCUGCGGUUCACACCUGAGGGUAUGCAACGGCUGUUCGCUUCCACAGUGGAUAGGCUCAUCACCGGUGUGGAGGAGGUACUUAGCUCACCGAGCCUGACUGGAAUCUCUUAUCUCUUUGUCGUGGGUGGAUUUGCCCAGUCAGCUCUCUUGCAGAGUGCCAUCCGCAAGAAGUUCAGUAGCCAGCUGAGGAUCAUCAUCCCUCGUGACCUGGGUCUCUCCAUCUUGAAAGGGGCUGUCCUGUUCGGCUUGGAUCCCUCAGCGGUUCGGGUAAGGCGCUCGAGGCUCACCUACGGAGUCGGUGUCCUCAACAAAUUCCAAGCUGGCAAACACCCUGAUGACAAGAAGGUGACCAAAGACAACGUUGACUGGUGCAAGGACAUCUUUGAUACAUUCGUCCAGGCUGAUGAGUCUGUGGCCGUCGGGGACAAAGUAACACGAAGCUACACACCGGCUAAGCCAUCCCAACAGGCGAUCAUCAUCAACAUCUACUGCAGUGACAGGGAAAAUGUGAGAUUCAUCACGGAUGAAGGCGUUCGUAAGUGUGGAACCCUUCACAUCGAUGUAAGCGAUUCACAGUAUAGUGGUAUGAAGGGUAGAAGAGAGCUUCAACUCACCAUGCAGUAUGGUGAUACAGAAAUCAAAGUCAGCGCUCUUGAUGUCCCGACAGGAAAGUGUGUCAAGUCAAGCAUUGACUUCUUGAAUAAGUGAACAGGACUGAGAAAACUGGACUUUAUAAUUGUAUAUAAAUAUAUAUAUAUUCUUCAGUUCAUGGUGCUUCUGUAAUGUUAAAUAACUUUGGCGAAAUAAUGUUAAGGGCCAUCCUGGAAAUAGAACUCUGGGUACGUAUUUAAUACAGAGUGCACCAAUAGGAAUACUCUUUGCAGUUCACUUAUGAAAGGGUAUACAAUAUUCUCCAAAAUGAAUUGACUAUCAAAAUUAAGCAAUUUGCCUGCUGUUCUAAAUCAACAUAGUAGUAUGUGAAUGCCUAAUAGGAUAAUUGGUGUUAAACUUGAUCUCAGUGUCUUAUGUUUAAUGUUGCAAUGAAUUUCUUCCAGUUUUUACCAUCUAUUUACAUUCAGUAUUGAAAUAGGAAUGCCAUUCCUCGCACACCAGUAGGUCUUGCCAUGUUAAAUGUAGUGCUCCUUUUAUAGCAUCUGAUUCUGAUGCAAGUAAAGUGUCUUCUAUGAAAUCUUCCGCUCAAAUGAAAUAACCUCUGUGGGAUUCCAAUACUAAUCUAUGCAUUCCACCGUCUUGCCUCUUAAAAUAUUUGCUACCAACUCACGUAACCAAAGUUUGCCCGUUUUCUCUUGAAAUGUCAGUUAUUUGUUUUAUGCCAUUGCAUGUUGUAUUUAUUAUUUAUCUAUACACUCUGUAUCUCAGGCAUAUUUGUUAUGUUUAUUGUUUUGAAAUAAAUGUAAAUAUUACAUGUUCUUUAUUCACAGUGAUAUUAUACAGGUGUAUCAAAUUCAUUGAAGAUGUGUUGCCUGCUAAUGAAAUGAUUUCUAUAUUGUCAAUUGACCCUCAUAGCUUUUGCUUUUUUUUUUGUCUUUUAAAGAAAUCAAAUUUGUAAAUAAUCUUAAAGACAAUCUUUGAAGGCCAAAUCCAUCCCAACACAUAUUUCAUAAAAAUGAUAAAAGUUUUGGCAUUUUUAAGUUUUUAAUUUUUUUCCUGAUAAUGGUGAUACACAGUGGCCUGAAUUCUGAACUCGGGUUUAAAUUAAAGGGCCUGGUUUAAUGUUAUAGUUUAACUAUAGAGAGCCAAUUGGGGCACAAAUCUCGAUUAGUACAUGUUCAGUUUAUUAACUCUUAUGACACUCAAAUUAUUUAUAACUGUCUCACAAUGAUAUCUGAAAUGUUUUCUUCAUUAUAAAAGCAAAGGGAAACAAUAUAGUACAUAUAAGAAAUAUACAAUAUAAAGAGAAUUUUGGCUCCCAUAAUUCUAGCACAGAGUUAGACCAUGGUCUAAGUUAAACCUGACUUCAGAAUACGGGCCAUUAUGUUUGUAUGAAAAAUGAGGGAGACGAUAACGGAUAUGUCACACUCUCUUUUCAUCAUUUCAUUUUGUGACAUUUCAAUUUGAUUGACUCUGCAAAAGAAAAAAAUGGGAAAUAUUACAUCCAACUGACCUGAAAUUGUCAGUGCUACAUCUAUUUUUUUUCUCAAAAUUCUCUUUUUUGAAUAAAAUUGCUUUUGAUGUAGACUCUGUCUUCCAUGUUAAAAGUGGAGUCCCCCCCCCCCAAAAAAAAAGAGAGAAAUAUUUGAGAAUAAUAGGAAAAAAAUACUCAAUUAAAUGUGAAUGCUGCUGCAUAAUUUGAUAUCAGUUGUGUAUAUAAGUGCCUACCUGUUUCAAAAUGUGUAUUUUGUGAUAAUAUGUACAUAUUUCAUGUAUUGAUUAUUGUUAACACAAUAUAUAUAGGAUGAAUGAAAUGAUUAUUGAUUCUAGUUUUAGUAUAAACUUGCCAUGUUAUCAUUUUAUAUAAUAUUUUGCAUUUUAUAAUAUGUAAAUAAAAUGUUAUAUUCCGGAAACAAAACAAAAAGGUAGAAUAUCAUUGUAAUUCCAAUUCAGGUGUAAGUUAAGUAAGAAAAUUUGGAAUAUGAUGAGGAAGAGGUCUUUUAUGUGAAGUACAUACUCACCCCCACUCCCUUAUUAAUGAAUUUUCAAAGGUUUUUACAUUUUAACAUUUUAAAAUAGACUCAUUUGGAAAAGGCACAAGAAUUUUGGCAUGACAAACAAUUCAUUUCAAGGAGGAUUGCCGAUUGCUGUUCCUACCAGCAUUUCACUUUAAUGGUUAAACUAUGUACCAUAGUUUCUCUGGUAGAAAAUUCUUCAGGAGUUAGUAGUGAAGUACUUCACUUACUUUCAUCUUUUUUUUUAAAUUUCUUAACCAAGGUUGUCCCUAAGAAUUUAAUAGUGUAAUACCUCAUUUGGUAUGGAAUUUGGUGCGAAACAAAUUGAAGGGGGGGUUAUGUUGUAGUUUUGUAAGUGUAUUUAUCCAAAAGCUUUUUAUCUAUUUCUCUGUAAACAAAGUAUGUAUCAUUAGUUCCUUGCAUGUCAGUCAAUAAUUGUGACAUUUACUUUUUAAUACUGGUUCUUUUUUUGUGUCUGUGUUUCAUAUAAUGGUUAAUCUGCCAUUGUGCAAUUUAUACAUUUUGUAUAAUCAUUCUUUGUAUGGCAUUACAGACAGUAAGGUGAAGCCCUUAAAUCAAAGAGAGGAGGGUGUGUUAUAAUCUUGAUAAUCACACACGUGUAUACUCCAAUGAAAUGACAUUUACAAGAACGGGGUGUUUCACAAAGAUUUAAGUAUGAGUUAAGAGUCGCACUUAAAUGCCGACAUGAUAUGUAACGCGCAAUCUUAUUGAUGGAUACAUGGUAAUGCGUGUCUCGUGUGCAUGAUCUGACCAAUGAGGUAGUGUCUUCUAUACCGUACGCAACCGGGAAUUUAAGUGCGAGUCCAAGUCAUACUUAAAUCUUUGUGAAACACCCCCCAGGUUUGAUUAAUAAUUUAAUGAUACAAAUUCAUGUAUCAAUUUCAAAUAAUACUCAUCAGUUAAUAUUUUUAUGUAAAUGUAAUGUGUCUUAUCCACUGAAUUGUAACCUAGCUAUCUUUAUCUAGACAUGGAUAAGUUUCGGAUAAUUGGUUUCUCUCUCUUUUUUAAAAACAAUGGCUGUUGGGUGAAAUUCCUUUUCUCUCUUCAUUUUAUUGAAAUGCAGCCAAAUUAUUUGAAAUACCUGCUACACACAUGAAUUUCAAACGAAUAUUGCGUUUCUCUGAAUAGAGACUCGUUGACAAUUGAGGCUUUUGACUGAGUGCGUCUGGUUAAUUAUCCUCGAAUUAUAUCAGUCACAGUGCAUGUCAUUAAAUUGUUUGGAUAUUUAAACAGUACCCUUUUUAUUAAUGUAGAAUAUUUUGAUAGUUUUACACUGUUAAUCAGUAAUUAUAAAUAAGCCUACUAUCUUCCUUUAUUUGUAGCUCUUCCUGUAUGUAUAUAUUUAACUCUUUACUAUCUUAUUUUUAUCCAUCAAUGUAUAGAAGUUCAAAUUUGUAUCUCUUCAAAUAUAGUGUGCUUGGAAUAGCAUCAAAGAUAAUCUCAUAAUUUACAAUUUAAUCUGUAGUAAAUAUACAGCUUUUUUAACAUUGUAAUUACUUGUCAUCCUUAUAUGAAUUAGCUAUUGUUAUAUAUAUUGUAUUCAACUACUUUGUAACGCUUUGUAUGUUAUUGUUAAACUUACAAUAUUUUGUAGAAAUCUAUGUACCUCAUGUUUAUGUUGUAUCAAGAAUCCAAUAAACUGUAUUACUGAUUCAUUUA